GAUGAAGCUAGCAGAAGCAUUUGAUGACCCUGACACUGCCGCCAUGCAGGCCGCCAGCAACUUUGCUCUGAAACUUCAGAACCAGCACUGGAAUUUUGGCACCUGUAACAACGAUGUGGUUAUAUUCUUCUCCCGGGAUGAUGGCGUGUUGUUUGUGUCAUACGGCCAAACAGCAGCACUGAGGCUGAACAACGCAGUUGUGUCCUACAUACAGGGACAGUUCGGACAUUACUUUAGACCAGGCGGUGACAUUUUCAUUGGAUUGGCGGAAAUGGUCAUAGCCAUCAGGUGGGUAGUCAUUGCCAUCAGAUCAAAUGGCCAUUGCUGUCAGGUGGGUAGUCAUAGCCAUCAGAUCAAAUGGCCAUUGCCAUCAGGUGGGAAGUCAUCAGAUCAAAUGGCCAUUGCCAUCAGGCAAGUUCUCAAUGGCAACUACUAUUUGAGGCCGAACAACCCAAAUGCGGAGCAACUUGUUGGUGGAACUAAUCAUGUGGCCUCUGGUGUCCUAGCAACAGUCAUUCUGGCACUGGUGUCCAGAAUUAUGUCCUGA